CACACACUAGACCGCAGUUUGAUGGCGCUUGAAUGCAACAUUUUAGCUACAGUAACAUUUCAUAUUUUCAGUGUAGGUGCAGAGUAUGGAACCCUCAGAGCAUCCAGAAACCUCUGGCUCUUUUCAGAUGGCCAAUGAGAAUGUGCAGCUAGACCUGCUAUCCACACAGACUGAUAUGGACCUGUUUUCUGGGCACACCGAUAUGGGCCUGCUGCCUGCUCAGACUGAUGUAGACCUACUGACUGCACAGAGUGAUAUGGACCUGCAGCCUACACAGACUGAUAUGGAGGUGACCUACUCAGGCUCACUGGGAACAGAGAGACAAAGUGGGCAGCAGCAGGCCCUUGAUGAGCUGACAACCUUUCUCACCCAAUCUGAAAGAGAGAGGCAGAAAACUCAGGACAGCCUGAACAUCCUGGGGGACCCAGACUCACUGGAACUGUCCAAAGCCCAGGUGGAGGAGUUUUACAGCCGCACAGUCCUUCCAGAACCAUCGGACCUUCAGGAAUCCUCAGACCUUCCAGAGCCCUCAGACCUUCCAGAAUCCUCAUACCUUCCCGAACCUUCAGGCUUCUCAGAAUCCUCAGUCUAUCCAGAACCCUCAUACCUUCCAGAGCCCUCAGGCCUGCCAGAACCCUCAGACUUCCAAGAGCCCUCAGGCCCAGCUACAGGCCUCAGUCAGGAUGAGUGGGGCGGGCAGGGCCACACAGAAGCCUGGCCAGAAAUGGCCGCUGAGCCAGGGACAAACAGGCUGGAGGUCACAGAGGGAACUCAGACUGUAACUGGGACAACGAUGACAGAGACCGGAGAGGAGCAAAUGGACAUAGUACAUGAAGAUCCCUCUGCACCUUCUCAAGAUGACGUUGAUCCAAAUAUGCCUUCUAUAGUCAGCGUAGAGGGUUCACACUCAGAGGAUGGUCCAGGCAAAGAGGAAGCCUUAUCAUUCUUUGGAUUGGUGCCAAAGGUAGAAGACACAGACACAGGCACAGCAGAGAAAAAGAAUGAGCGAGAACAGCCAGUGGGGGGCAGUAUGUCCCCACUAUCAUCAUGGGCCCAACCAUUGACACCAGGUGAAGCUGAGGAACAACCUGAAACUGAGGUCGCCAUCGAGGAUGCAAAAGUUUCUCAAAGUGGUCAAAAUACUACGGGGAGAAAGAGAGGUCGUCCUCGUCGUGGAGAAGUGAGGAAAAACACACAAUCCAUGUCUGAUGGAGACCAGCUAACAGACAGCGACUCUGACGAUACAGCUGACGAUCCGAGGGACACAGACUUUGACCCUGCACGGUCAGGCCUCCGGCGCUCCACCAGGGCCUCCCAAAGAAGCCACAACACCCUGUCUCCCCGGCUCAUUGCCCCCAAGCCGUCUGGCCCUGCCUCUACCCCUGGGUACACCCAGAGGUCUGGAGGACCCCCUCCACCCCGGCCUCCACCCCCUCGCCAGCCUACCAGGGUCCUCUGUGCCAACUGUAGUGGAAUGCUGCAGAGCGGACAGACAGCCUACCAGCGCAGGGGUCAGCCUCAGCUCUUCUGCAGUUCCACCUGCCUUAACUCCUUUGGCAAGAAAGCCCCCAAGAAAAAGCCCUGUGCUUUCUGUAAAAGGGACAUGGGGAAUAGUAAGGACACCAUGCUUGCACAGGUUGGCCAGUCACAGUCCUUCCAAGAAUUCUGCAACAACACUUGUCUUUCCCUGUAUGAGGCCCGGCUGGAGAAGGGUCCGAAACAGCCCCCCAAACCAAGUGCCCCUGGCCAAAGAUGCAGUGUGUGCAACCACAUGCGUGAGAUCAACCACGAGGUAACCAUGGGCAAUAUGAUUCACCUCAUGUGCAGCGAUGCCUGCUUCAACCGUUUCCGGGCUACUAAGGGCCUGAAGACCAGCUGCUGUGACGCCUGUGGCACCUAUAUCAACACCUUCACCUCCCGGCCCGAGUACCUACUGCAUGAGGGCCAGCAGAGGAGGUUCUGUAACUCCUCCUGUCUCAGACUCUAUAAGAUGAAAAACACUAAGGUGCUCUCGUGCCAGUGGUGUAGGACUCUGUGUAAGAACUUUGACAUGCUGUCUAAAGUGGAUCAGUAUGGCAAGACCAAACACUUCUGUUCUUUGUGCUGUAUCGCUUCACAUAAAGUGAAAACUUCUGUGGACACAGUUCCCAGUGAAGCUUGCAGUUUCUGCAAAAGAAGCCCCUCUGAACCAUACUACUGUAAAGCAAAUGAGACUGUUUACGUCUUCUGUAGCCCUAGCUGUUGGAGCAAAUUUCAGCGCAACAGUCCCAAUGGAGGCAUCUACUUCAGCUGUCUCUCCUGUCAUAACAUGUUCAGUGGGAAACCAGAAAUCUUAGAUUGGCAGGACUCAAUAUAUCAGUUUUGCUGUAAGGAGUGCUGUGAGGACUACAAGCGCCUGAAUGGUGUGGUUUCUGUGUGUGAACACUGCAAGCAAGAGAAACCUCUGCAUGAGAAGAUGAAGUUCUCUGGGGUGGAGAAGUCAUUCUGCAGUGACGGUUGCAUACUACUGUACAAGCAAGACUUUGCUAAACAACUGGGCCUGUGCUGUAUAACCUGUACAUACUGUUCUCAGACCUGCUCACGGGCGGUCACAGAGGAACAGGAUGGAAACACGUGGGACUUCUGCAGCGAAGAUUGUAAAAGCAAAUACUUCCUGUGGUACCUGAAAGAAGCAAAGUGCCAUGCCUGCAAGCGUCAGGGGCAGCUCCUGGAGACCAUCCACUGGAGGGGAGAGAUCAAACACUACUGUGACCAGCCGUGCCUCCUGCGCUUCUACAGCCAACAGAACCAGCCCAACCUAGACACCAAGCAGGGCCCUGAGAGCCUGCUCAACAGUGCUUCAUGUAAAUCCCCAGAGUCUACAACUCCCCCUGCUGCUACAAAGACAAGUGAAGCCACAGGAAGAGGCCUGACGAAGACUGUAGCCAAGCUUGCUCCUCCCGUCACUACAACUAUCUCCCAAAGGAACAAAUCCUCCAUGUGUAAACCCAUGAUGACCACUACCGGUGUCACAUGUAAACCUGAGAUGAAGUCCCAGAGUUGCCAGACAGAUGAUUUCUUGCAGUCCCCACCUGCGGUGUUGCCAGUCCCUGUGCCUGUGUUUGUUCCUGUGCCUUUGAAUAUGUACUGUCAAUACACUCCCAUAACAAUGGCCCUGCCUCUGCCGCUCCCUGUCCCCAUGUUCCUACCUGUCACACUGGAUCACAUCGAUAAGCUUGUGGAAUAUAUAAAAGAGCUGAAACUCCAGAUCCCAUCUGAUCCACUGGAGGCUGACAUUCUGGCCAUGGCAGACAUGAUAGCAGAGGAGAAUAAAGGCAAGGGCUCCUCUGAUCUGUCUGAUCUGGACAGUGAUCAGAAAGCAGGCCCGUUGCUGAGGGACUACAGCUUAUUUGAGUCUUCAUCCCAAGAUGACAUCCUCUCCAUGGCCGUCAAUAUGGAUGAUGUACUGACUGAGCCAGGUCAAGACCCAGGCGAUGAGCUCACCAAAGGCAGGUUAAAGCUUUAUGAUAUGAAAGCUUCCCUGGACCUGAACCCCAAUGUUGAUUUCCUCUUUGACUGUGGGAUGCCACCACAUGCUACUUCACCAGAGCAGAGCUCCAACGUCGCUGUUCAGAAGGGGCCCAAGCGUCAGGCCAUGCCAGAGAUGACUUUACAUGAUCCCCUGGACAGUCAACCUCUUGGUGCUGGCUUGAACAGCUCUAUUGGGGUCGAUGCCUGGAGGUCAUGGUCCCAAAGCAAGCACUCAGAUGCUGAUGAUAGAAAACAGAAACCAUUAGACCUUCUGUUAUGUAGUCCUGAGGAACUGAAUCAUGGCCUGUCACAGUUUGUCCAAGACAUUGUUCAUCCCAGAGGCCCGUGCUACAAGCCUGACAGCGUAUUUUACCUAUGUCUGGGGAUUCAACAGUAUCUCCUCGAAAACAACCGGAUGGUGAAUAUAUUCACAGACCAGUUAUAUGUUACCUUCGCUCAGGAGCUGAAUAAGAUUGUCAGCAAAUGGCUGCCUUCUAUGUCAGCUAAUGGUGAUCUCGUGUCUCGUGUCCUGGAGGAGCACCUGUGGGAGUGUAAACAGCUGGGUGUGUACUCACCCUUCGUCCUGCUCAACACCCUCAUGUUCUUCAACACCAAGUACUUUGGCCUGACUACCGUGGAGCAGCACCUCCAGCUCUCCUUCUCUACAGUUACGCGCCAGGCCAAGCGGAGAUCUACACCACAUGGCAUGGUCAAGUCAUCUAGUGUCUGCUACCGCCCCAAAUCACAUCACAAGAGAACCAGCAAAGAGGUCGGCUUGGGAAAGAGGAAACGGGAUGAGUCUUCUGAGCUGGAGCAACAAGAGAACCGGAUGAACCCUCUCAGAUGCCCUGUCAAAUUCUUUGAGUUCUACCUCUCCAAAUGCUCUGAUGGUGUGCGGAGCAGCUGCAGUGCGUUCUACCUGCAGCCGGAGGGCACAUGUAUGGCCGAGAGUUCUCGCUGGUACUCUGACGUCCCCAUGGACAAGGGCAGGCUGGGAAUUAUGCUCAACAGGAUCCUGGCUGUCAAGGACGUCUAUGAAGAGCACCCGGCACAGGGAGAUAUGGACUGACAGCCGCACUGAUAGAUUGCACAACAAGUUUAUAUAGUGUACAUUGCUUACAUGGAAGCCGUUAGCACAAGGGAUGACGAGCAUGACUGCAAUGCAUUUUUGUUCCAUGUUUUUUCUAUGUCACCCCUACACAAAUAGUUCAGUGAGCAUUUCCCCCAUAGAAUUACCAUUAUACAUUGAGUGCACAAAACAUUAGGAACACAUUCCUAAUAUUGAGUUGCACCCCCCUCCCCCCACCUUUGCCCUCAGAA